AAAGAGUUUACUAAUAAUUUUUUCAUGCAUUAAAAAUUCAUGAGGUAAUAAAUAAAGGGGAUGUUUUAAAUAAUUGUGUCACAGAGCUAUCCAGUUGUCUCUCUCAUGGGAAGAUGGGGGGAAAUCAGACGUCAGUCACAGAGUUCAUCCUACUAGGAUUUUGUCUUGGCCCGAGAAUGCAGCUGCUCCUCUUUAGGAUCUUCUCCUUGUUCUACACCUUCACCCUUCUGGGGAAUGGGACCAUCCUGGGGCUCAUCUUUCUGGACCCCAGACUGCACACCCCCAUGUACUUCUUCCUCUCCCACCUGGCCGUUGUCGACAUAGCCUACACCUGCAACACGGUACCUCAGAUGCUGGUGAACCUCCUGAGUCCCACCACACCCAUCUCCUUUGCUGGCUGCAUCACACAGACCUUCUUCUUUUUGACUUUCGCUUUGACAGAAUGUCUUCUCCUGGUGGUGAUGUCCUACGAUCGCUACGUGGCCAUCUGUCACCCUCUCCGGUACUCUGCCAUCAUGAGCUGGAAGCUCUGCAUCACCCUGGCAGUCACUUCCUGGUCAUGUGGUUCCUUCCUGGCUGUGGUCCAUGUGAGUCUCAUCCUGAGAUUGCCCUUCUGUGGACCUCAUGAAAUAAACCACUUCUUCUGUGAAAUUCUGUCUGUCCUCAAGCUGGCAUGUGCUGACACCUGGCUCAAUCAAGUGGUCAUCUUUGUUGCCUCUAUUUUCACUUUAGUGGGGCCACUCUGCCUGGUGCUGGUCUCCUACACCUGUAUCCUCUUUGCCAUCCUGAAGAUCCAGUCCAGGAAGGGACGCAGAAAGGCCUUCUCCACCUGUUCCUCCCAUCUCUUUGUGGUUGGGCUCUUCUUCGGCAGUGCCAUUGUCAUGUACAUGGCCCCCAAAUCCCGCCACCCUGAGGAGCAGCAGAAGGUCCUUUUCCUGUUCUAUAGCAUUUUCAACCCUAUGCUAAAUCCCCUGAUCUACAGCCUGAGGAAUGCAGAGAUGAAGAGUGCCUUGUGGAGAGCGCUGUGCAAGGAGAGUCACUUCCGAUUCAGGUGA